AUGGAAGCAAACGAAACAGCAAAAGAGUCGACCGCUGCAGCAAUACGGCGCAAAGUAUCAAAAUCGAGACCAAGAAAGGGAACACUUACUACAGAUGAACCCCCCUUGCCAAUUUCUCCUUCGGCUGCUGCUUUAUCCUCCAUUUCUACAAACAAUACGACCACCAAUGCUACCUCUUCGUCUUCUGGUAAAAAAUUUCAAAUAUUUGCCAGACGUGCUUCUGUAUCCUCGGGAAAUUCUUCGACGAAAAGCAUACUAUCUGAUUUUAAACUGGCAAAAGUGGAUUCAAGUCUUACUCAACGUCCUGUUGCACCUCCUAGUCCAGUUGAAACCAGCUCAAAUUCAUACUCUAGCCCACAACAAACUUCUCCAGCUAUAGGAAAGCGUAGAAAUCCGCAGAGGCCACCAAGUGGUCAUUAUCCACCACCUACUUUAAACGCAGCCAAUGAUUUAGAUCAAGCCCAAUUUUUUCACGAAAACGCUGAAGAAGUAUUCGACGUAACUUACAAAGCCUUUAUGAAUCAAGUUGAUAAAAUAAAAGACAAAUCCGAUAGACCCAUGUCAUUCUCCGCUAAAGAAUUCAUAAAUAUAAAUAAAAGUCUUGUAUUAUUACGAAAAAUAUUUCUUUUCUUGCCAGAUUUAAUAAAAAAUGGAUGGCAAAGGAUGUAUAUAGCACACAUUAUUAAUCAUCUUCUUGAUCAUGGAAACCACCCCCGUGUUCGAAGCCAAGGAUUUCAUUUAUUAUUACUUUGGAUGAAUGAUCAAACAACCGAAUUUUCAGAAUGCAUAAAUUUAUAUGCCAAUUCCAUUUCACUCGAUUUAUUUGUAUAUGAUCAGUUUGCUAGUGUAGAGAAUGCGGAUUAUAGAACAAAUAGUGGACUCUUUGAACUGGGUCAAGAAUUUAUUCGAGCUGAUGAUAGAGGGCCAUUGUUUUCUAAUCCGUAUCCUCCCACAUUUAAUGACUCUGUGUCGUUACUUAAGAUUGCGUUAACUAAUAUUGCACGAUUAGCUCACGUGGCGGCUGGUUCAGAUCCACCAUCUGAAAACUAUGAUUCGGCUGUGACGGAUAAUAUUGAACCUGACAAUGGAAUUGCCAUCGGAAUAGGAAUUGACGCAGCCCUGGCAGCUGCAAAAUUUAAUUACGAGCUUUUAAAAAAAUAUUAUUUAGUGAAACUUUUUCCCGCUUGCUCAAAAAAACUUGGAAUAUCAACCGAUGCCAAACAUGAAUCAGGGUUUUCAUCUUGUCCUCCUGCAAUUUUACGUGCUUUUAUACAAUUUUUCAUUGAUUAUUGUCUGGACAACACUUUUGGUUCAACUGAACUUGUCACUACAUUUCCAUCACCCGCAACACCCAUAUUAAAAUCUAUUGUUUUGGCGUUUGAAAAUAGAGAAAUUGCUCAUGAAAUUAUAAGACAAGCAUUGAUGUUACCAGCCGGCAGUACUUCAACUAAAGACAUUGUUCGGGGAGCUGUUCAUAUCGUUGGUGUUUGGAUUCUGAGUGGGGAAGAGGAGAGGCCUGUCUUUCUUCGCAAGACAGCUUCAACAACAGCAACAACAGUUUACAAUCAAAACUCCAGUGUAUCUAUGUCAUCAUCAUCAUCUACUGAAACUUUAAAAACGUUACCCUUGUCUUCCUCUGGCUCGGUCAAUUCACAUAUAACGAAUUAUGCGGAUGCAAAUGUAUAUCUUCGACGAUACAUUAAAUUAUUAACUCUAGUCUUUGAUGAUCAUUCAUUUGUGAACAUCGAUGGCGGAAUGACUAAUACUGAAGUGGAGGCUCAGGUAUCAAUAUAUCGUGACGUGUUAUCAUUAUAUCGAGCGAUUAUUGGGAAUGGCCCUAUCGAACUCGAGAAUGAGACAUGGGAAUCAUUAUUGGUAUGUCUAUUGGAAAUCCAACGGAAGACUAUGAAUCAAAGUGAAAAAUACGGACCUAUACCAUCUGUACAUCUUGCACAUGAACUUGCGGACUAUUUGGUUGAAACGAUAUUAAUGGCAUUUGCUCGAUCCAUGUCAACUCAAGCGGAUCUAUGGCAAGGGUUGUCAAAUCAAAUGAAAGAAAGUACUCGAUGGUCGCAGACUAUACUUCAGUGGAAGAGAACCAUGGAUCGCCUUACUAAAAUCCUUUCAAAGUAUCUUUACCAAGUUGACCUUGAGGCUGUUGAUUUAAAUCGUCGUCCUUCAGAAUUGUCAAUAUCGGAAAGACAUCGCCGUAAACCAUCUAAGAAUCGAACACGGCAUCUAUCACUAAAGGAUUUACGACAUAAAUCAUCAGGCAGUAAUUCGUCACGAGAAGAAAUUGUUUCGCCUGAUUACAGUAGCGCCAAAUCAGCAUCAGAGCAUAGAACGACACGAAGAGCGGCAAGCAUGCAUCAGGAUGAUUCGAAGCUUUUAGGUGGACAAGCCUUGCUUAGUUUUGUGAAUGGAUUCAGUGCAAGUAGUGAAAUGCCAGCUGAAGAAAAUAGUGGAGUCAAGUCAAAUCGAACAUCAACUUCUUCUGCAUUCUUUGCACAACCAAAUUUUAGCAGUGACAGAAUUUCAUCAUCUUUGGCCAAUUUUAAAAGUUCUGAAUUCAUUCCACCAAAUCACGCUGACGCGAUAAAAUGUUUGGUUCAACUUUGGGAUACUCUCAAUCUGAUCCGUAACAAUCAACCAUACAGUGACGUCUCGUUGCCUUUACUUUAUGAAUUCGCACCUUGGUUUCUAGAAGCAUGCGAUAUGCCUUUGGCUUUCGCUCCCGGUCGAGCUCUCGCUUACGGAGGAAUUUGCAAGAUGAUGUCACGACAGCAAGAUCAAGAAGUUUCAAGCAUCUAUUACUCGCAUUUUUAUCGGUCACUGCUCAAAGGACUAUCGGACACUGAUACUUCGAUAACACAUGCUAUCAUUAAUAAUUCUACGAAACUAUUUGCGCAAGCAUUGCCAGGAAGCAAUAUUCUUUUUUACCGAUUUAUCGAAAGUAUUCUGAACUUACUUACAAAGCAUGAUCGAGCUCAUCUACCGGAAUCGACACGUCAAAAUGCAAUCACGAUUCUGUGUUCGUUGAUAUGUAUAUUGAAUCAAAACCCGGAUCUUAAAGUUCCGAUAAUACCAUAUUAUAAAUUGACUAAAUUAAAAGUGAUCGAUUUGAAUAAUUCAUCAUUCGAUCUUACAGAUAGUAUUUCUUGUUCAGAGUUGAGAUUGAUACUUGUGGAAACUCUCGUUCAAACACUUGCAACGGAAGAAAAUAUACAUAAUCCAGACACGCAUAUAAUGGUAUUACAAGGUAUCUGUACACUCGCUUUUGACGAAGUCACCUCGACUCCUAGCCCUGCUAAAACUAUCGUCAAAGAAUGCUUUUCCGCGAUAUUCGAUCAAUUGUAUUGGAGUCAUUUGCCAGUUGUGUGUGCCGCGGCUAAUUGUUUGAUCGUGUUUGCACAAAACUGCGGCCUUACUUGGGACGAUGAUGGGAUGUAUCUGAUGGUUCUUCAAGAUGUUUUUGGCAACUUAAUUGGUGCCAUAAAUGAACAUUUGAAUUUACAAAGAGGAGCACAAAGAAACGGACGAGGAUUUAUUAUUGCAAAAUUAUUCUAUUGCCUGCUUGAAUGGUUAAUGGUAUUACCUCCUAAACUAUUUACCGACACUGAACUGUAUCAACUCGUAUUUGAGGCAAUAGAUUUGGCUUUUGAAGUUACCGGGCAUUAUUUCGAGCAGAAUGAUUCGCCAAGAUACCAUGAAAAAUUGCUCCCAAUACCACCAAACAAGAGCCGAGGCAAAUGUCAUAGUCACGACGCUACGGUACGAUUCAAAAAGGCUGAGCGCAAGAUAUCUUUGUCCGGUAGCCUGAAUAAUGAACAUGGUGUUCAUGUUGUUGGUGCCGAGGGUAUUGAAGAUCCGGAACUCGUAAAGGAUGUUGCUGAAUGUGUUUUGCUGCAUUUAACCCGUCAUCUUGAUAAUUUCGCACCUCUUCAUGGACCCGCAAUGAUAAAUAGUAAUUUGGUUGGUCCGAUGGGUGACACAAGAGAGGAAGAAAAUCAAGAAAACUAUCAUUUUUUCUCCCUUAACAAUACCAAUAUAAUCACACUUAUUGAGAUACCGGGUGAUGUAACAUCAAUUGCACGUUUGAUGGUACGAGACGCUACAGGUCGUUAUGCAUGGGACUUGAAGCUCUUUUAUAAAGCUUCUCUGGAUGAUUCGUCCAAUGUUCAUGCUGGUGGACUGCGAUAUGUUGGCGUGGCAGAUCACUUUUCCUUCAGACAAAACAUUAAAAUAGAAAAAUUAAUGGAAACAAAUAAGACAGAUAAAGAGAAAACGACCUCCAAGCAGCAUAGUUCAUCACAAAGUGAGAAUCUCGAUUCUACCUCAGAUAAUAAUAUCCCGACGUGGACAGAGAAUAACAAUAAUUCCGAAGACAAUAUGCUAAAGAAACUUCUUGGAUACAUCGGAGAAAAUCAUCCAGACUGCGAGGAAUUUCCCGGUAUCAAUCAAUUAAGUAAUCUUAAUGAGUCGGCUUGCGAUACUGAUCCUGCGCUCUCGCGGAUUGAAAAUCAAUUGGAUAGACAUAUCAAAGAAGAAGCUCGUUAUCGCACUGCCAUGGAUCCUCAUGCGAAAUCCUGGUAUGAUUCUGUAAUAUCAAUACGGAAUGAUAUUUUUCACGUAUGCGAAACCAAUAAACUUGCCAUUAAAUUUUCGAAAACACCAAUUUAUUCGCGGUCAACUUCUCAUCUUUCCCUUGGCGCCGAUUUCUCAUUAUCUCGAUCAUUCCUUCCGGUUUUGCCUCCCGGAGCUGAAAAGCCUAAUGAACCGUAUCAACAAUGUCGACUGUUCUUGAGUCAUUUUGGACUGCUUGGUCUUGAAACAUUGAAAGAAAAUCCUAUACACUUAUUAAACAAAACCCCAGCGUUUUUCCGUGACAUUCGUCUUCUCGACAAGAAGCAUGCACGUGAAGUGGUGAAGAUUGCCCUUAUUUAUGUCGGGCCAGGUCAGGAAGACGAGCAAAGUAUAUUACACAACACCAACGGUAGUCCAAUGUAUGAAGAAUUCGUUGCUAGUCUUGGAUGGGAAAUUGAUCUGGCGACUCAUCCAGGUUAUCUGGGUGGUUUAGAAAGAAAUUCAACCAAUGGCGCCACGGCUACCUAUUAUUGUUCUUCGACAUUAGAAAUAAUUUACCAUAACGUGAUAAAAAUGCCUACGGACCCAACCGAUCCAAAACAACUAAAAAAGAAACGUCAUAUUGGAAAUGACCACGUUCACAUCGUCUGGAAUGAACAUUAUCGCGAUUACCGACAUAAUACGAUUGGCGGUGACUUUGGAAAUGUGCAGAUAGUGAUCACUCCUUUGUCUAAUGGAAUGUUUGCUGUUAAUCUAUCACGUGACCAAAAGAUUCCAUUAUUUGGACCGUUACUAAAUGGAAUGGUCAUAUCACGGAAUGUAUUGGGCUCAUUAGUACGAAUGACAGCAGUCCAGGCUUUUCGCAAUUGUUUACAUCACAUAAAUGCACCUAGUAACACAAUGUUUCAACAUCCUUACAUGGAGCGUUUAGUAGACAUUACCAAGAUAACUGGACGUCACAAGAAUAACAAGAGUAACGCAUUAGAAACAUUCAUGUCUCGGAUUUUUAUAAACGAAGAAGACUCUACAGUCUAG